CUCACAACUCAAAUCUCAAAUCUAAUCAACACAGUUCCUAUCUCUCUCAUUUCUACCAAAUUAAUCUGCAAUGGCUCGUACCAAGCAAACAGCUCGCAAAUCCACCGGAGGCAAAGCACCAAGGAAACAGCUAGCCACCAAAGCUGCUCGGAAAUCAGCUCCUGCAACCGGAGGAGUGAAGAAGCCACACAGAUUCAGGCCUGGAACCGUUGCUUUGAGAGAAAUCAGGAAGUACCAGAAGAGCACUGAGCUUCUCAUAAGGAAGCUUCCGUUCCAGAGGCUUGUGAGGGAAAUCGCUCAGGACUUCAAAACUGAUCUCCGAUUCCAAAGCAGCGCUGUUUCUGCUCUACAAGAAGCUGCUGAAGCUUACCUUGUUGGUUUGUUUGAAGACACUAACCUCUGCGCUAUUCAUGCCAAGAGAGUUACAAUUAUGCCCAAGGACAUUCAACUUGCUCGCAGAAUCCGAGGCGAGAGGGCUUAGAUUCAAUUUAUCAGGGGUUGUUUGUGUUUCUUAGAUAGGUUUGGGUUUAGUUCGUUGUU